AUGGCCGCCUCCUCCGCCUCCACCUCCGCCGCCAUGUUCAGCUCCGCCUCGGAUCGCUGCUCGCACAGAGGUUCCCUCGUUGCCAACCUCCACGUGCGUCCCACGCGCAACUGUUCUGCAUUUCUGAGAACAACUUGUACUAAAGCUCGUACCUCCGCCCCUUUGUGCUCCUCCCCAGCUGUAAACGCUGCAAUGCCCACCGAGGCCUCUGCAAAGGUUAUUGAUGGAAAAUCAGUUGCCAAGCAAAUACGAGAGGAAAUAACUACUGAAAUAUCAAGGAUGAAGGAGUCUACUGGGGUCGUUCCCGGCCUGGCUGUUAUUCUUGUUGGAGACAGGAAAGACUCUGCGACUUACGUCCGAAACAAGAAGAAAGCUUGCCAAUCUGUAGGCAUUAAGUCAUUUGAAGUGAACUUGCAAGAGGACUGCUCUGAACAAGAAGUGCUCGAGUAUAUCAAAAUCUUCAAUGAAGAUCCUUCAGUUAACGGCAUCCUAGUGCAGUUGCCUCUUCCUUCUCAUAUGAAUGAGCAGAACAUCUUAAAUGCUGUUUGUAUUGAGAAAGAUGUCGACGGCUUCAAUCCCCUGAAUAUUGGCCGUUUGGCCAUGAGAGAUAGAGAACCUUUAUUUGUUCCAUGCACGCCGAAAGGAUGCAUAGAGUUGUUGCGUAGAUAUGAUUUCCCAAUCAAGGGAAAGAGAGCUGUUGUUAUCGGGAGGAGCAAUAUUGUUGGAAUGCCUGCUGCCCUGCUCUUGCAAAGGGAGGAUGCAACUGUUAGCAUUGUCCAUUCAAGAACAAAAAACCCAGAGAAAAUCACUAGGGAAGCAGAUAUUGUGAUAUCUGCUGUGGGUCAGCCGAACAUGGUGAGAGGCAGCUGGAUCAAGCCCGGCUCUGUCAUCAUUGAUGUCGGAAUUAAUCCUGUUGAGGACACGGCAAGCCCAAGAGGGUAUCGGCUUGUAGGUGAUGUUUGCUAUGAGGAAGCUAGCAAGAUUGCUUCGGCAAUCACACCUGUCCCGGGCGGAGUGGGCCCCAUGACCAUUGCAAUGCUACUUUCCAACACUCUUGCAGCCGCUAAGAGAGCCAACAAUAUCGAAUAA